AUGAGGUUGUUUGUUCCUGUUGCGGUCCUCUCCGUCCUGGCGGCCGCCGUCUCGGCGCACGACGACGACGUGGCCUACGAGGACUCGGUGUACGGCGACGCCAUUAAUUUCGUUAACGAGUGCGGGUCCAAAGAGUUGUCACUGUGCUUCAAGGAACGUGCCCUAAAAUACCUGGACAGGCUGCCAAACAACGUGGAUCUGGGCUCGGGGAUCAAGAUCAAGGAGACCCACGACGGUGCCGGUCGUUCGUCCCGCUCGUACGAGACGGCGAAGAUGCCGGACGAGCCCAGGGCCAGGGAGAACGAGCUGGACAGCAUGAUCGUGGAGAAGCUGGCCGACUACUUCACCUCCCACACGUUCGAAUUCAAAAUGCCUUCGGACGCGGCCAAAGACCUUAAACGGUCGUUGGAAGAAGGCAGGAAGAAGAAGAACAACAACAACAACAAGGGGGGCAACAUGGGCAACAUGAUGAUGCUGAUCCAACUGAAGGCAGCCCUGAUAGGGGCCAUCAUUCUUAAGGUGGUGGCACUGGUGGCGUUCAAAGCUUUACUGGUGGCCAAGGUGGCUUUGACCAUUUCCAGCGUCAUAGCUCUGAAGAAGAUCCUGGAGCAGAAGCACCACACCUCCACCUACGAGAUAGUGUCCCACCCCCACUACGACGACCACGGAACUUUCGACAGGUCCUUCAGCCCCGAACUACCCUACAACGCCCACAAGGGGGCGCGUAACAAUUGA